UGCCUUCAUGGGGUCGCACUUAAAAGAGCAUAACUUGGUGAGUUGGAGCCAUAAGGGGAUUUUAGAAGAAUUCAAGGCACUCAAUGAGCCAAAUUAUCGAUGCCGUUUGCUGCUUCUUGCGCACUCACAGUUGGAUACUCAUUUAAAACCAGAGUUUCACAAUCCGGUGGCUGUGAAGUGGUUAUAUUUAGGGCUGCCUGGCGUAGAUUGCUGCAAAUGCACUCAAUUAGUCUGAAGAGACCAAGCACCAAGCUCAAGCCUUAACCACAGACUGGCAAAAUUGGGAAUGAUAUUCAUUUUUCUGUGGAAAAAAAAAACGUAUUCGGGUUUCUCAUUGUUUGCAGUGGUCUUCAGUUAUGACAGGCUUCUAUAAAGUGGCAAUAACUUUUUAAAAAAGGAGCAAGAUGAACAUCGCGCAUUUUAAGUGUGUCCAAGAAAGAAGGUGGAUAAAAGGGGCGUGCACGAGCAUACAUACGCAGGUAGUCACAGAUUCUGAUAACAUAAUGCUCAUCAAUGAUCGUAUACGUGUAUGUAAACACUGAUUCGGUCUCUUGAUAUUCAGUAAACAGAGCUGAACACCUUUAUCGCGAUUUAUGCCAGUUUACACUUCAACACGGCCGACGAGGAGCAAGAGAACAGCGAGAGGGUGCUGGGCCUGAAGGGAUUUGAUUUUUUUACGAUGGAACCUUCGGUGAGGAUGCACAAGCAUUGGUCCAUCAGUCGAACGAAAGCCGCCAUACUCGGCUUUCUAUUUGUUGCCAUACCAGUCCUUGUUGGGCUUUUAACGUGGUAUUUACGAGACUGUGCGUCCGAGGUGGCGUCCCCAGUGCAAGAAGCCAGAACUGGAUCUCCAGCAGUUCCUCACUCCACCGACCGUACAACUGGUGCUUCAACGGCUUCCCCCUGGCCAAGUUCAGAGCCCUGGAGAAAUUUGCGUUUACCACCUCACAUCAUUCCUACCCAUUAUGACAUAACAUUAUAUCCAGAUUUUUAUGGGAAUCACUCCACAUUCUACGGGAAUGUCUCCGUGGAAUUGAAUAUCACAGAAGAAACUAGGCAUAUAUUAAUUCACAUAAAAUACCUCGACGUUACGGCCACGCGCUUGACCGAAAAGGACACCGGCCAAGAUGUCCCGAUCAGUAGGAAUUUUUCUUACAUUCCAAACCAGUUUUGGGUAGUUGAAACAAACAGUAAUAUAUCUGCAAACAGCCAAGUUGUACUACACUUGACAUUUGAGGGCUCUCUCUCUAAUGGGAUUGUAGGGUUUUAUAAAAGUACCUAUGUGAAUAGUAUUACGGGAGAAACAAGAGGAUUAGCUACAUCAAAAUUUGAACCAACUGAUGCCCGGAAGGCGUUCCCGUGUUUUGAUGAGCCCAACAUCAAGGCGACCUACAACACGACUCUGGUGCACGAUCCAACUUAUAUUGCCUUAUCUAACAUGCCAGUUGAGAGUUCAAGUGUGAGAGCUGACGGCCUAACUGCAACACGCUUCGAAAAAUCCGUUCCUAUGAGCACAUAUCUUGUGUGUUUCAUAGUUUGCGACUUCGAAUUUAAAGAAACGACUACGGAACGUGGUACAAAGUUAAGGGUCUAUGCCACUCCUGAUAGAGUGUCUCAGGUUGACUAUGCUUUACGGGUGGGCAAGGAAGUCAUGGACCUAUUUGUAGUCUACUAUGAUAUGCCGUACCCAUUGCCCAAGCAAGAUAUGAUUGCCAUACCGGACUUUGUCUCCGGGGCCAUGGAACACUGGGGAUUGAUUACUUACAGAGAGACCAAUAUUUUGUACAAUUCCACGGAGGCCUCGGAGGGAAAUAAACAACGAGUUGCUGUGGUGGUUGCGCACGAGCUGGCUCACCAGUGGUUUGGCAAUAUUGUCACGAUGGAUUGGUGGGACGAUCUUUGGCUGAACGAAGGGUUUGCCAGCUUUAUGGAAUACAAGGGCGUGGCACACGUAGAAUCAACGUGGAAUAUGCUCGCCCAGUUUGUCACGGAGGACAUGCAGCCAGUGAUGGGCUAUGAUGCCGCACUCAGCUCGCACCCAAUCGUAGUGCCAGUGGAGCACCCUGAUCAAAUCAAUGAAGUGUUUGACGUCAUUUCUUACUCCAAGGGCGCGGCGGUGAUUAGGAUGCUGGAAGCGUUCAUGGGAGAAGAGAAAUUUAAGCAAGGAAUACAGGACUAUUUGAAAAAGUACGAAUACAGAAAUGCCAGAACAGACGAUCUAUGGGCCUCGUUGGAAGCGGUUCCGGGCGCGCAGCCGAUCAAGACCAUUAUGGACACUUGGACACGGCAGAUGGGGUUUCCUUAUCUUAACAUAACCUUCAGUGGAAACAUUUUUAAAGCUGUACAGGAACGCUAUCUGUCCGACCCAGAAGCUGACCGAAGCGCUCAGGAACCCUCGGAUUAUGGAUAUAUAUGGUGGGUGCCUGUGGAUUACAUGACCUCAGUGAAUAAUGACGUUACGUUGCUGUGGCUCAAUACGUCGGAAGCGCAAUUUCCACUACCAUCUGGCUUGGAUCUGCAGGACACUUCUACGUGGAUCAAGUUUAACGUCGGCCAGACCGGCUUCUACAGGGUGAACUACCCCGAGGACAUGUGGCGACGGUUCUCCAAUUUACUUCUAUCGAACCCCUCGGCACUGACCGCCGGUGAUCGUUCGGGUCUCAUAGAUGACGCUUUCAACUUGGCGGCGGCUGGUCUACUGAACUACAACAUUGUGUUAGAGCUGACCAAGGCAUUGAAGAGGGAACAGGAUUACCUGCCGUGGGCCAGUGCAGAGAGGGGCUUCACGUACAUAGGAGACAUGAUGAAGUUUAGGGUCUAUUAUGGCAAAUGGAUGGCGUAUAUCCUAAAACUGGUGAAAAAUGUCCAUGAUCAGCUAGGUUGGGAAAAUUCAGGAAGCCAUCUUGACAGAUAUCUUCGUAAUACGGUCAUCAAUCUAGCCUGUGGGCAUGGGGACGCAGACUGUCUUGGAAACGCCACUGAAAAGUUUCGAGGGUGGCUGGAUACUGAUGAAUAUCUGGAUCCUAACCUUCGAGUUAUGGUGUAUAAGUACGGUUCCUACCGAAGUGGCCAGGAGGACUGGGAUAAAAUAUGGAAUAAAUACGAAAAAGAGAACGUACCGCAAGAGGCGCGAAGGCUGCUUUACGCCCUGGCUCAGUUCAAAGAACUGUGGCUCUUGAACAGAUAUUUGGAAUAUGCUUGGGACCCAACUAAAGUAAGAUCUCAGGACUUCUUUAAUGUGAUAAACUACAUUAGCAGCACGCCUAUUGGGAACAGUUUAACGUGGGAGUGGGUGCGGAAGCGUUGGGAAGACAUUGUUGCAAGAUUCGGCUUGUCGUCCAGAUCGUUGGGGAGGAUGGUGCCAGGGAUUGUCGGCGACUACAAUACAAAAUUCCAUUUAGCACAGGUAGAAGAAUUCUUUGCUAAGUACCCAGAUGCCGGCGCAGGGGAGCGCGGGCGUAAACAAGCCAUUGAGGGCAUUAAACGCAAUAUUGCCUGGAUUGAGAAGCAUGAAAUGACACUUGUGGACUGGCUAAAUAAUAACAGUAAUGUCUAAAUGUUACUACAGACAAUGUUUUUAUCAAGAGAGAGAGACCAAGAAAUGUAAAUAUCUAUAUUUCAAAUUUGUCAAAUUACAAGAAUGGUGAACGAGGUUUCUUAUGUAAGUGCCUACGUUUUAGGGAAGGUCGAAACGACAGGUCAAUUUUCGUGAGUAAUGAUACUUAAUAAUUUACAAAUAGACAUGGUGUAGGUGCAGAGUUAUCAGAUUUGUUAGUACAAUUACUUCUUUUAAAGUGAGUAAAAAUAUCAGUCGCUAAUGUUGUGUAUUUCUAUAACUAUAAAUGGUUCGUAUUGUUUAAGUAGCCAGAACAUUUUUUGAUAGUCAUAAAUGAUAAUAUAAGCCUAUGUGUGGCUGUCAAGAACAAUUAAAUACUAUACGCACAUUUUAUAUGCUUACAGAAAAGAAAAGACCAAUAUCCAUUAAUAAGGUCAAGCGUGUAAUUUCAUAACAGCAGAGUUUAGCUGAUAGUUUAAGAGUUUAGCUGAUAAUUUAAGAACCUAAGACAUAACUAUUCAGAUUUGUAGGUUAUUGUAAAGAGCGAUGUCAGUAUGUUAUAUUUUUUGUAAAUUUUCAACAAGAUUUCACCCAAGUUUUACUAAGAAACGAAUGUCGGACCAUUAUUUAGGGUUUCUACAAGCGAUUACCUAUUUGGUACAGAAAGCCAUUGCGACUUUUACCUUCUGAUAUGUACUGUCUGUCUUAAAUUUGAAAACAAAAGGAUUUAUUGAAUAACUAAUCAUAUGGCCUACACCUCCCUCCUGUCAACAAAGACCAAUUUUUAUAUAUUAUUUUCAUACAUUUAUUCAGCCAAAACAUCGCUGUAUAGUGAAGCGCCGGCGCCUACGUGAUGUAUACGUCACAAAUAACCCUGCUGGGGCCGUUCACAAAAUAAAAACUUCAGCUAAAGAGUCAAAUCGAAAGACCGAAAAUGCUGAUCUUUUCCAACUAGGGUAUAUAUACUGAAGUCUAAUAAAAUAAAGUGACUAUCGGUAAAAAAAAUAGUUUUUUUAUAAACUUUCACUAUUGUAAUGGACUACAAUUGAUUCAACUGAAGUUAAGCCUAACCGUGGACUGAAGUUACUUUUUGAAACCGUUUGCAUAGAGGGUCAGUAGUCCUAUAGGUCACGCUUACCCCUACCUGUAUGAAUGUAAGUGUAAUGAAGGACGGACUCUCUGUUACACCUUGGACCAAUGGGUUUUAUUAGGUUACAUGUUCUUCAACAUCCAUUUCAAAAAGAGCUUUAUUAGACCGAACAUUUGGUCCAAAAAUUCAAUCAACAAUGCUCUUCUACUUCAGUUCAAGACUGAUUCAUAGUUGUCCAGUGAAAUUAAGUAAGUAGGCCUAUUGGCCCGGAACAUUAGUAAUUUUUUUCUUAUAACACAGGGGCAAUAUUUUAUGUGUAGACCAAUUUUCGGGCUAAAGCUUUUUCUUCAAACAGGAUCCUUUAGCUACACCAGACAAUUAGAGAACUUUUAAACAAGGCAACUGUUAUCUUGUCUUUAUGUACCUCAACUGUGCCAUAAUAGUUCAAGUUUUACCUGAUUCUAUGUAAAGAUUUCAUCACAGUGGUCAUGCAGAUAUCUUAAUACUUUGACUGAAAUAAAGAAAUAGAUAUGUAAUAAAUAAUUAAUAUUGUGA